AUGAGUCCCCCCGCACCUUUGGAUAUUGAUAUGAGGGGAGACACCGACACCUCAUCCCUGCCAGUGCCAAACCCCUUGACCGUCAAUGGAGUCCCCGCAUGGCGCGAGAAAAUGGCCCAGAUGCCCACCGGAGUCGCGGCGGCCUGCAGCAGUGACAUGUUCAAAAGCCCGGCUUGCUACACCAAGCCCAAGGCUAAGCGUUUUGAGCACCGGUUCUCCAUCGAAGCCAAAUCUCGCAAGGCCUCUACAUUGAAGAACGCCGCACGUUUCCUGAAAAACCCCGGCAUAAUUUCCCUCGGAGGUGGUCUACCCUCCCCCGAAUACUUCCCUUUCGAGCACCUCGAUAUCAAAGUUCCCACCCCACCGGGAUUCUCCUCGGAGGCAACUAGUCAGUCAGGGACUGUGUUGCGUGCGGGAAAGCAUGAUAUCAGAGAGGGUUCUAGUCUCUACGAUCUGGAGAUUGCAUUGAACUAUGGCCAAGCAACGGGUGCUGCCCAACUCCUCCGAUUCGUCACCGAACAUACCGAGCUUAUCCACAGCCCACCUUAUGCCGAUUGGCAAUGCACUUUGACCGCGGGAAGCACAUAUGCUUGGGAUACAUGCCUGCGCCUACUGACCGAGCGUGGUGACUUCAUUCUCAUGGAAGAAUACACAUUCGCCAGUGCUGCCGAGACCGCCUUCCCUCUGGGACUCAAGGCGUUGGCCGUUCCCAUUGAUGAACAAGGACUGAUCCCCGAUGCCAUGGAUGAUCUGCUCACGAACUGGGAUGAGCAAGCCCGUGGUGCUCGCAAGCCCUUUGUGCUCUACACAAUCCCGACUGGUCAGAACCCGACCGGAGCCACCCAAUCAGCCGAGCGCCGUCGGGCCGUGUACAAGGUUGCGCAGAAGCACGACAUCAUCAUUGUCGAGGAUGAGCCUUACUACUUCCUGCAGAUGCAGCCAUACGUUGGCAAGGAUGCCCCGUCUCCGCCACCACCCGCCAGCCACGAUGAAUUCAUCAAGUCCCUGGUCCCAUCGUUCCUCAGUUUGGACGUUGAUGGCCGCGUUGUCCGUCUGGAGUCAUUCUCCAAGGUCGUGGCUCCCGGUACCCGUGUUGGAUGGAUUGUUGCUUCCGAGCAAGUAGUGGAACGCUUCGUCCGUAACUUCGAGACUUCCUCGCAAAAUCCCAGUGGAGUUUCUCAGAUGGUGCUCUACAAAUUGCUGGACGAGCACUGGGGCCAUUCUGGUUACCUGGAUUGGCUGAUCAAUCUGCGCAUGGAGUACACUCAUCGCCGCGAUGCGCUUCUUCAUUCUUGCGAGAAAUACUUGCCACGGGAGAUAGCUCACUGGGCACCUCCUUCCGCAGGAAUGUUCCACUGGAUUGAAAUUGAUUGGCACAAGCACCCCGGAAUCGCUUCUGGAAAGACACGCGAUGCCAUCGAAGAGGAGAUUUUCCUGUCUGCCGUGGACCACCAGGUUCUGCUGUCCCGAGGCAGUUGGUUCAAGGCUGACAGCUCUGUUGUUGAGGAAAAGAUGUUUUUCCGCGCUACAUACGCCGCGGCUUCAUCGGAAAAGAUUGAUGAGGCGAUCUCACGCUUUGCUGAGUGCCUGCGGGAUCAGUUCAAGCUGUAA